CCUCGCCUCCAAAUCUGUAAUUUUCCCUUCUCAACCCGAAUACUCUCUUCCUCUUCUGCCCUUCCAAAUCCAAACCCUUCCUCUCUCACCUCUCCAUCUUGCCCUUCCUCUCACCCAAUUUCCGAUUUUCUCCCGUUACCCGCCAAAUUUCCCCCUUACCCCUGGUUUUCAAAUUUCAUCGUUUCCCUUUCAAAAUUUUCCUCUUCGUUUUUCUCACUUUCUUCCUACCCCUAGUUCCCAAUUCUUGUUUGGAUCUAUGGAUUCGAGUGUCCUGGCUUCUGUUUUCGUGGUUUUGAGGGAGAUUCAGUUCCCGUUUUAAUGUGUUCAGUGCUUCUGAAGAUGUAAUUUUGGAUUUGGCAUAAGGUUUCCACGAGUCAAGGUUGUGCAAUGGCCCCACAUCCAACAGCCACAAGGGGAGCCUCUGAGUAUUAUUCAGACAUACUAUGAUGGAUCACGUUCGAGUCUGUGACUUGCACAUCCACCCUGAAUCUGCAUUGGUACCAUGCAUCUAAAUGGCAUUCUUCAGUGAAUCAUAAGGUGUUUGUUCCCAACUAUAAGUUGGUAGCUUGUUCAGGAGGCCAGGAGUUGUGCUUUUAUUUUUGGUGUACUGUGAUUGAUUAAGUCAAUGGCUAACCAUGAUUUGAUUCUUGGGCAAAGCCACAACUUAGGCCAUGGGCAGAAUCAGCAGUUGGUGCUAGGCCACAAUCAUAAUCUGGGGCAUGGGCAGAACCAUGAUUUGGAAUUGGGAGAAGCCCCUGAACAUCACUUGGGUUUGGGACAGACCCAUGACCAUGAACUGGUUUUAGCACAUGGGCAUGACCACGAAUUGGGCUUAGGGCAUGACCAUGACCAAGAAGUGGAUGGUGGUCACAGUUAUGGUCAUGAGAAUGACUUAGGGAUGGAUCGGAAACCUGAUCAUGAUGAUCACGAGUUGGCUCUUGCUGGACAUAAUCAUGAAUUAGCUUUAUUGGAGAACAAUGAACUUGGUGUUUCAGAAAACCAAGACCUUGAUGAGAAUCUUGAACUAGCUAUUGAUGCAAGCCAGGAAAUGGGGAUUGAGCCUGUACAAGAUCUGACUAUUCACCAAUCCCAACUUGUAGUCAGUUCCAGUCCCGUAAUCCAGGCUCGUUCAAUUGUUGCUAGUCCUAAUUAUGAACUGUCGGUGGGGCAAGAGUUCCCCGAUGUUAAGAGCUGUCGAAGAGCAUUGAGAGAUACAGCUAUUGCACUUCACUUUGAAAUUCAGACCAUAAAAUCUGACAAAACCCGUUUUACAGCAAAAUGUGCUAGUGAAGGAUGCCCCUGGCGCAUUCACGCUGCAAAGCUUCCAGGGGUUCCGACUUUCACGAUCAGGACAAUCCAUGAGGCUCAUACAUGUGGAGGAAUUUCUCAUCUUGGCCAUCAGCAAGCCUCAGUUCAGUGGGUUGCAACCUCUGUGGAGCAACGGCUUAAGGAGAACCCUAAUUACAAGCCAAAGGAGAUACUAGAAGAAAUUCAUCGGGUUCAUGGUAUCACCUUAUCUUACAAGCAAGCUUGGCGAGGCAAGGAGCGAAUCAUGGCUGCUAUGCGUGGAUCCUUUGAAGAAGGGUAUCGCUUGCUUCCACCAUACUGUGAACAGGUGAAACGGACAAACCCGGGGAGUAUUGCAUCUGUUUAUGGAAACCCAACUGAUAACUGCUUUCAGCGUCUCUUCAUAUCAUUUCAGGCAUCCAUUUUCGGUUUUCUCAAUGCUUGUCGACCACUUCUUGGGCUUGAUAGGACAUAUUUGAAAAGCAAGUAUCUUGGCACUUUGCUUCUAGCUACUGGUUUUGAUGGUGAUGGCUCCCUGUUUCCUCUUGCAUUUGGUGUUGUUGAUGAGGAGAGUGAUGAAAAUUGGAUGUGGUUUCUAUCAGAACUUCACAACCUGCUUGAAAUUAAUACUGAAAAUAUGCCAAGGCUUACCAUUUUGUCAGACAGGCAGAAGGGGAUUGUUGAUGGAGUAGAAGCAAAUUUUCCAACUGCAUUUCAUGGAUUUUGUAUGCGUCACUUGAGUGAAAGCUUUCGCAAGGAGUUUAAUAACACAAUGCUUGUCAACCUUUUAUGGGAGGCUGCUCAUGCUCUCACAGUAAUUGAAUUUGAAGCAAAAGUCUUAGAGAUAGAAGAGAUUUCCCAAGAUGCCGCAUAUUGGAUCCGAAGAAUCCCCCCUCGAUUAUGGGCUACAGCCUACUUUGAGGGAACACGCUUUGGGCAUUUAACAGCCAACAUAGUUGAGUCAUUAAAUACUUGGAUUUUAGAGGCCUCUGGGCUUCCAAUAAUUCAGAUGAUGGAGUGCAUCAGAAGGCAGCUAAUGACUUGGUUCAAUGAACGCCGAGAAACCAGUAUGCAAUGGACAUCAAUUCUUGUUCCUUCUGCAGAGAGGCAUGUUGCAGAGGCUCUUGAACGUGCUCGCACAUUUCAGGUUCUACGUGCUAAUGAAGCUGAAUUUGAAGUCAUAUCUCAUGAAGGAACAAAUAUUGUUGACAUUCGGAAUCGUUGCUGCCUUUGUCGGGGUUGGCAGUUGUAUGGUUUGCCUUGUGCACAUGCUGUGGCAGCACUCCUCUCUUGCAGGCAGAACGUCCAUCGAUUUACUGAGAGCUGUUUCACUGUUGCUACCUAUCGCAAAACAUACUCACAAACCAUACAUCCCAUCCCAGAUAAAUCUCUUUGGAAAGAGUUAUCUGAGGGGGAUCCAAAUGCCAGCAAGAGUAUUGAAGUUCUUAUUAACCCACCCAAAUCACUUCGGCCACCUGGACGACCAAGAAAGAAGCGAGUUCGAGCAGAAGACCGCGGCCGUGUGAAGCGAGUCGUGCAUUGUAGCCGUUGCAAUCAGACAGGUCACUUUAGAACAACAUGUGCAGCACCCAUAUAAGUCGUUGCUGUUGACAAUUAGUUCAGUGUUAUAAAUAUGUUCCCCCCUGUGCAAAAGAAUUCUUGUUUCCUGAUUAUUUACAUAGUUUUUAUUAGUUAGAUUGGGAAGUAAAUGAUGUAUCUCUCUCCUUGACAGUUACGGGAAAUUAGGCAUUAUCAGCUGUCCUUUUAUUCACCUCGAUAAUUCAAUAAGAUUUCAUGGUUGUAGCUCUCUUUA